CUGGUCACAUUGACAGAUGACGCUUAAAUUUAAGCGGAAAAUUUCAUUAAGAGCAACAAAAAACAGACGCUAGCCCGCAAUUAAAGACAAAAUCCAGGUAAUUCGACUUAUUAAACCAAGUAACCCGAAACUACCGCCGCCGCCGAGAUGCCGCGCACCAAGAUACCAAAGAACUCGAAGCGCAACCGCGAGGUGGCCAACCGCGAGGAAAAGGUGCGUCUGUACGAGUUGAAAAUGGACUCGCGCCUGAUCAGCAUCGACACGCUGGAGUCCAAGUACUUGGCCACCGUCGACAGCCAGGUGAAGACGCUGCUUGGCCAGGUGCAGCGUGAGCUGGCCGACAUGAAGGUGCCCGAGAUGCUGCAGCUUUUUGCCGAGCUGGACCGCUUCAGUGACUUCAAGGCCAGCGAUCAGACGCAGCUGUUAGCCUCCAUGUCCAUGAGCUGCAACACCACUGAUGGACAUGCAGCCGUCGCUGCCACCGCCGUUGGUAGUCGUAAUGAUGAAGGCUACCUUACAGAAGACAGCAGCCUCGGGGCUAGCAGCGGCAGCAGCCUAGCUGCCCACACUGGCUCCCUGCUGCGCUCAACGAAGGCCAUGCGUACGCCCGGACCCCUGCACUCGGCCAGGGCCCGUCGUGCACGCCGGAGUCAGUCCGCUUGCGGAGAUCUUAAUAUCCUUCAUUCGGCAAAGCCGCCGCCAAGCACCAGUGGGGCAACAGGAACUCGACAUUCGCGCAGCAAGAUGCGUACACCUAUGGCUUCGCGCUCAAAGGCCUUCAGUGCCGAUCGCACACCACUAGCACAGAAGCAAAUACGCUCCGGGUCGCCUUCGACUCCGCCAAUGGCAUUCCUACGCUAUCCAAAGCCCGGCGAGGUGGCGCUCUCCAAGUUCGGCAGCCCCAUGGUGGCUCAAGUGAUGCCAGACAAGUUCGCCAAUGUGAACAUACCCAUAAGGAACGGAGUGCUCAGCCUGAGACCCAAGAAACUGGAUGCCGACGAGGUCGAGUCGAAUCUGUUGGAAAAUCUGGACGAGGACACCUAUAACCAAAUCAAAACGCUGCACGAGAAUUUGCAAAUGAUUGUGAAUAAGGCCAGCCAGGCGGGAUUCAAGUAGUUGCCAAUUUUAAAUCCAUAUUUCUAGGAUAUAACUAUAUAUCAUAUAUACACUUAUUUUAGUAUGUUUUGUUUAAGUUCAGUUUUGCCUAUUUCUCGCAUAGUUUAUUCAUUUAUUCCAAUGAACUUUCUGUAUACCACAAGAUUUAAUACAGGUUCAAAUUCAAUGUUCAAUCGCCUGACAGUUUGAAGUGUAUUCUAUUUUAGUAAUAAAAAACCCGAUUGCGACGA